GCCUCAAGCGAUAAACUACAACAAACAUAUUGCAGAAACCUGUCAGUAUCAUGGAAUCCCCACAUAUUGACUUAAACGAAAGCCUCGACGAUGCCCUCCCAAAACCUGUUCACAUUGUCACGGACGAAGACAUGGUCGCCUUUCGAGAACAACAACGCUUGAAUCCAGAUGCAGGACCAGACGUCUUCAUAUCUCCACUAGGCGAUGUAUCAGUCCAAGGCUAUCCAAACGACCGCACACCUCAACACAACGGCGUUAGCGAGAUUCUCGGCGUCGUGCAGAUCCUUGAAGGCGCCGGCAUCCCGUGCUGCAUGGUUGCCGAACCCGCAUUGAUAUACUACGGCACUGGACGGGUCAUGGUCGAAUGGAUUAUGUGCGUCCCAACCGACCAACUAGAAGCAGCAGCAGCGCUUUUUCGCGCCAAGCUCGAUACUUUCGAACCCUUCCGACCCUCUGCACUCUCUAGGCCUCAGGGGAUGGAGCAUUUGUUCCCCCGUUUCAAGUUCGACGGUCUGCGAUUAUUCUUCAUCCUCAUGUCUGCUCAAGCAUGCCAUAUACCUUGCCGGCCCGAAAACAUCGAGUACAGCCCGACUGGCUUGCCAUACCCCAAGCUGCCCAUCUUCGCCCAAAGCCUCCUCGAUACCAGGAACUUCGUGGACCUUGAAGAUCUCAUCGACGGCAUGAAUCUUACACUCGACUGGGGUAUGGAAAAUUUAGAUCUCGAAGGUACCAUCGAUGCCGAUUGGGCCCGGUGGAAGGCGAAUCUUUUAAUCGGCGGACAAGCGUCAGAGGAUCAAGUCCCUGGGUGGUGUGCCAAUCCUAUGAAACGGCUCGACGCUUGGACGGAGAUGGUAAGCGAUGACGCAAAGAAGAUGCGACAGGGCCACAAAUACUUGCCUAGUUAUGAAACUAGGUUUUGGAAGCGGGGCCAGAAGGAUCCGAGGCUAAGAAAACGUGAGUACUGCUAGGGUUGCGGGCUAUCGGGAGUGCGCUGCUGAGAACGCUGCUCCUGCAACGAAGUUACUAAGAUGUAUCAGGAAGUAGUUUGAUUCAAGCAUUGUCUUAUGCAUACAACAGA